AUGGGCCGACAGAACAGUGUGGCGAGCAUGGGCCAGCAGAACAGUGUGGCGAGCAUGGGCCAGCAGAACAGUGUGGCGAGCAUGGGCCGACAGAACAGUGUGGCGAGCAUGGGCCAGCAGAACAGUGUGGCGAGCAUGGGCCGACAGAACAGUGUGGCGAGCAUGGGCCAGCAGAACAGUGUGGCGAGAAUGGGCCACCAGAACAGUGUGGUGAGGAUGGGCCAACAGAAUAGAGGGACAGGCAUGAGACGGCAGGGUGGUAUGGGCAACCCGAAUGGUCCUGGCAGUAUGGCCAACAUGCGUCCGUUGGGGGGUAUGGGUGGCGAGGUACCUUAUGGUUUCAACCCGUUUGCUGGUGAGUACCCUGAACCGAAUGGAUUUCANUGGCGAGCAUGGGCCAGCAGAACAGUGUGGCGAGAAUGGGCCGACAGAACAGUGUGGCGAGCAUGGGCCAGCAGAACAGUGUGGUGA